AGAAGAAAAAAAAAAAAAAAAAAAUCUUCCUUUAUAGCCUCUUGGUGAUGCUGAAUCUGGCGCUGAUACUCCAUUCAACCGGCUCGAGGUCCCCGAAUUCGAAGCUCGCGGAGACCCUCCAUCGUCCCAUUCGAUCCCUCACGUUUCCGGAAGAGAGUACCGUAGGUAUAUUCGUCGCGUUGGCCAUACCGCUCGAGGAUCCCUACAAAUCCAUCUCCAUAGCCGAUUUUUUCGAGGCGACGUACAAUCUGCCCACGAACGCGAGCGACGAAUACCUCUGGCUGAACGAUGGGAAACGAAGGAAGAGGAGAGGCUUGGACAGAGUGACGCUUUAUCAAGUUAUAGAGAACAAGUUUGACAAGUGAGUGAGA